AUGCCGCCGCCCGACACUCGCGUACAUGACAUCCUGGACAGCUACCUGCCUCCGAUGGCUCGACUGCGCUCGAAUCUCCUCCGAUGCACCGUCUAUCGCGAUAUCAAUCAUCUCGCUGUCAUCAGCCUGGACGACACGCCUCAGCAUCACAUAGGAACGGUCUUCGGCGUAUGCACUCAACCGGCAGGCCGCAAAUGCGUCAACCACCUCAAGGCUGCAACGGUACAGAUGAGCGACGACGAGCUCAAACGCGUUCGUCGCGAAGUCGCGGAGCUCGAGCCACCUCCCGAACAUCAUGGCGGGGCGCUGUACCUGAGGGCCGAGUUACCGGAGGAAGACGGAGAUCCCCCAAUCCGAGUCCCAAUCGUUUGCGCUGUACGCGAAGAUGACCUCGUCGAAGUCUGCUUCCGUCAGGCGAUCACCUGCGAUGUUUUGGGGCUGGACGAGAACGAGCACGACUACGAGACGUUUGACAAGCGUUUCUCUCGCUUCGUGUCCUGGCCUCGCACCAUCGUCCCGCGAACCUCGCCUUCGGACGUCCCGACGCCCCCCUCUCCCGUCUUUACUCGAGCACAUGGGAGCGAGCUCGCCGCACACUCCCGCUCAUUCGCUGGUGACGACGGAUGGCGCUUCUUCGCCGGGACAAGUCCUGCGUUCCGGGCGUGUCGUAUCACAGCCCACCACGCCCUCGACAUCGGCCGGUUCGCCUUCGCGUCGCGUUCGGCCGUCCGACCAAGCCAACGACUCGCCGAGCGUGAGGGUCUCAGCCGGGAAAAAGAGGAAGCGGUCGCAAUCGCUUUCUCCUUCGCGAAUCCUCCCACCGACCUUCCACGUCGUUCAACCCCGAUUCCUCUCCCUCUGCUCGCGAACGUCCAACUGCAUUCACUCUCCCCCUCGCUCGCGACCUUUUUUGCGCUAGACGACAUGCCAGCCGAAGCUCAGCCCGCCGCCCAGCCAGCUCAGCUGCCUCCGGCUCCCGCCGACGUCAACUCGAAGGCCGACGACAAGAAGGUCCGCCAGCGCACGGACUGGACGGUCAACGGGCUCGACGUCGUGAUGGACGGUUUCCUCAAGGACUGGAACAACCUCGCGGACACGAAGAAGGCCCGGAGGCAAUUCCAUGCUCGCGUCCUCAAAGACAUCCUGCCGAAGUGGACACAGGAGACCGACCCAGAAGAAGCUAUCUACAACUACUUCAAGAACCACGGCGGGAAAGCAUCGCACACCCGUGCGACCACCCCCGACGACGUCCAUAUCAACUCGAAGGACCUCUUCGCGAAGUCCCGCGCCAAGGGGCCCUCAGAGCUGUGGGCGGAGGUGCCGGAGAACAAAGCGCGCAUCAUGCAGAACUGCGAAGGGAAAAAUGAAGUCGGCGCUGGAGGUCGGCAGGCGGCGACGCGCCGCGCUCUCUUCGAGCAGCUGCUGGCAGAGGAGAAGGCGAUUUGGGAGGAGAAGGCGCGUGCUCCGCUUUCCUGCGAAGCACAGGAGGCAGCCAUGGCUCGCAACCGGGAAGCCUUGACGGACAGGUUGUCCGCCCUUUUCCAGGGCGCCAUCGGGGACGGGGCCAACCGCGUCGGCGACGCCGUGUUCUAUUGCCUCCUAGGCUUCAACGAUCACCGUAAGCCUGUUCAAGUCAAGCAUAUCUUCGCAGGUAACAAGCUCGCAGGACAGACCUUCCCGGCCUGGGGGGCGCCGAACUGGCGACCCAGCUUGAACGAUGGAGGCAAUACCUACACGACCCCCCAACAACCCGCCGAAGAGCUCGAUGAAAUCGACGACGGCUUACUCUACGAGGAUGGCAGGCCCAUGCUACCGUCCUGGGGUGCCGACAUGACGGGGCGUAAGGCGGCGGAGAUCCUCUGGGCCUUCUUCCGUGGGUCAUGGGCUCGUGCUCAUCGCGGCGUCCCCGAGGUGCCCGUCCUCGCGCCCGAAGCUAUCACCUUGCGUCUGCUGGCUCUCGAAUGGCCGGCCCCCAUCUUCAGCGACCCGGAUGCGUUGACAGUCGUACGACUCAGCGCGUUAUGCGGCCCCACAAGUCGAAGCCGCAGCCCACAAGUCGAAGCCGCCGCACCUCAAGUCGAAGACGCGGUACCUCAAGUCGAAGACGCGGUCCCUCAAGUCGAAGACGCGGCGUCAGAAGUCGCCGAGGCGCCCCCACAAGUUGCAGACGAGCGCGCUCACGACAACGCCGUUACCGAGCCUGCGGGCGACCUCGCCAUGGUCGACAACUCGGUCGUUGUCGAGGGGGACGUCGACAACGACGGCCGCACCCGCAACAACGCCAUGUCGGACGAUGGGUCGGCGCCGGACGAUGAAACGGCCAAAACCGGCAAUACUACGGAUGCGACUGGGAUGGACGAGGACGAGGAGAUUGAGGAUGAGGAUUGGGAGAUGGUGGGGGCUCACGACGAGAUUAACGCCAACGAGGCCGAGCCUCCAAAGACUCGGAGGCGCGGGAGAGGUCGCCGCGAUGGAGAGGUCGCCGGGAUGGACAUCGACGGCUCGGCCAUCGAAGAUGACGGCGCGAACAGCGCGAAGGACAGCGAUACCGAGGAGCCCGCUACCAAGAAGCCGAGGGUUGCCAGUGGUCGCCGCGGUGCGCAAACAUCGGCGAAGGGUGGCAAUAACAACAGUGUCAUGAAAUCUCGCGCGAAGGCCUCGAAGGCCUCGGGUGGUAGUACAUCGGCGCCGGCGCGAGUGCUUCGCUCGACGGCUCAAAGCUCCAAGCCUAAUACUCGCGCAGCCACUCGUAAGGCCUAA